UGAGGCAAUUUAAAUGUCCAAAGAUAGCAAAACUGCAAUCUGCGAUACCGAAUUGCAGCAAUUAGACACGACUUUUUCUAUUAUAUAAAUACAGAACCAUGUUUCUCUAAAACACACAAAUUGUUACAAACAAAAAAAAUGGCAAAGUUACUUCCAUUAUUAUUUCUGGUACCUUGUAUGCUCACAAUUUCUCUUGCAUAUCAACCAUUAUACAUAGAUGAUGACUCAACUUUUAGAAAUCCAGACGGUGAUUCUUUGGAAACAACAUUAACUUCAGUUGUAUUUGGUACUAACUGGUGUGGACCAGGAAACACAGCCCAAUACUAUGAUGAUUUAGGAAAAUUAGAAGAUUUAGACGCUUGCUGUCGUGCUCACGAUAAUUGUCCAAAUAAAAUUAGUGUUGGCGAGAAAAAGUAUGGGUUACAGAAUACAAUGUUAAAAACUGGUUUAAGUUGUCAUUGUGAACAUGCCUUCCUCCAAUGCUUAAGAAAUGUCAAUAGCGAAGAAUCCAGGAGUGUUCGUAAAUUUUACUUUGAACUACUACCAGCGAACAAAUGUUUCCAAAAAGAAGUUCCUUACACUUGCAUAGAUUCCGGGCCAAAUAAAUGUGGCAAAAUGAUAUUUGACCUCUCAAAACCAGAAAAAUAUCAAUGGUUUGACGUGGAUGUUUGGGAGCAUUAUCUAUCGUGGAAGUUGAAAAAGGGAGAAUAAUCAAUAAAUAAAAAGUACAUUUAUUCUUCAGAUAAAUCAAAAAAAAAAGAUCAAUAUUAUAUAAAUAAUUCUUUGGAACAAUCACCAAAAAUAAUAAAUAAAUAACAAAUACACACUUACCUUAAAACAAUAAUACUGAAGUAGUAAUUACCUAUAAUUUGUAUAAAUUUAUCGUUCUUUCAUUGUUCUUAACUUAACCUGUACGUUUUGUAAAUGGGACACGAGUUCUGUGGCGUAGGGGCCCAUCACUUUGUGGGGGACGUAGAAUAGAAUGUCCUUUUUGGCUCUGAGACAUUCGUCGGAGAAUCUUUG